AUGAGUAGUAAAAUAAAUAAAUCCAAAUCAGCGGCCCCAAAAACGGUGGAAGCUUCUCCAAAACCUAUUGAAAAACCCACUGAAGCAAACAAACAAAUUUUUGGUUGCCAGUUUGAGGUGUUUGGAGUUGUGCAGGGAGUCUAUUUUCGCAAGCACACUCAAAAACAGGCCAAAGAGUUGGGCCUUACUGGCUGGUGCAUGAAUACAAGCCGGGGAACUGUUCAGGGUAUGAUGGAAGGACCUUUGGAGCAAGUCAAUGAUAUGAAAACCUGGCUCAAGUACAAGGGCAGUCCCCGUUCCUCCAUCGAAAAGGCUGUGUUCUCUGAAAAUGAACCCCUGCCUAACAACAAUUUCAAGACGUUCACAAUACGCCGCUAACAUAGCAACCUUAUUUUGUUAAUCUGACAAUUAUUGCGGAAAAUUCCUUUGUGAAAUCAAGUCCUUGUCACGUAAUAAAUAUUCCUGUUCCUCCUCCCCAAA